UAUUGCUGGAGCAGUUCACUUAAAAAGUAAAUUUGACUGGGCCAGAAGUAACUGCAGUUACUUUCUCCACUGAGAAGAUACAGAUACACCAAUUUCGAAAGGAUAUAAACACAGUAAUGAAAUCAAACCUUAACCACUCUUUCAAAAUGAAAUGUGAUUUUGGUUGUAAGCCACUUCAUGCUGGGUUUACACCACUGAAAUCUGCUGUGGGGAAAACAAGACUGGAAGAAUCCUGCCCCUUGAAUUAUGAGGAAAGCUUUUGUAAAAGUUGUGCUGAGGAGCAUCAGAAAAUACUCUUUAGUGACUCACACCAUGCAGCCACCAGAAAUCUAGAUCUUGAAGAUGAAGGAAGGCCUGUACAUAACAAAGAAAACAAACAAGUAACUCAGAGACUUGAUGAAAGGAUCUGUGAAAUGGAGGCACUGGAAAACAGUAAAUUUCAUGAGGACAGUGGUUAUUCCUCUAUGUUAAGUAAUCAAUACUCUGAUGCAAUAGAACAUGAGGAUAGUAUACCUUUGGCUGGGAAUCUCUGUGGCACACCAAAGCAUUGUCUUACGAAAAACCAAAGUGAAGCACAGUUUUCAAAGAAGACUUUGUUGCCAGUAAUCCAUUAUGAAGAAAUGAUUUGCUCAACUUUGAAAAAAAGUGGUAAAAGAAGUCUCAGGUCUUGGGCUGCAGUAGACAGAAUUCUUUAUAGGGGAAAGGUUGAACUUUGUAACCUAAUUGGAAAGAAAAUGGGAUUAGAUAGAAUAGACAUUCUUGCUGAACUCUUCCAAAAGAACUUGAAGCAUGUAUUAGCAAACAUUUUUAGGCAUCUCAGUGAGAUGGAUUUAAUAAAUUUUGCCAAAGUCAGCAAAACAUGGCAGAAGAUCCUACAGGAAGAUAAAUGGAUUUUCCAAAUGUAUAGUAAAGCUGUGAAAAACCUUUCUAAUGUCACUAAAGCAUCAGAGCCUGCUGCAACAAGGGAAUACGUUCUUUACCGAGCGGCUUUAGCUUCCAUUCAGAAAGCCACCCCACCAAACAACUUGAAUAAGAAAGGCACCAGAUCCAAGACAUCUAAGAAUCACAGCAGGCUUAUGGAGUUUUCUGAGGCUGCCAAGACCUUGAAAAACACUGAAAGUCUUAAAGUCUGCCAUCGCUGUGGCUCACCUGCAAAGUAUGACUCCUACCUACAAAGAGCGAUGUGCAGUCGUGAAAGUUGUGGCUUUGACUUUUGCACAAAGUGCCUGUGCAGCUACCACAGCUCUGGUGUCUGUAUGAGUGGGAAACCAGUGAAACACAGCUCUAAGCCGGGGCCACUUCCUGGGACUAAGAAAAGCAAACAGAAUCUACGGCGAUUGUGAUCUAUCCAUCCCAAUACAGAUUGUCAGAUGUCCCAUAAAAGUUUUUUUAGGAUAUGAAGUUAAAAAGUCCACCAAAAAAACCCCUCAAACAACAAAAUGAUUUCUGCUCUUCUAUAUUAAAAAAGGUUAAUUUUAUUAUUCUGCUGUACAAUUUGGUGAUGUUGCAAUUCCUAGGAAUCACCACAAACACCCAUUUUAAAAAAAGUCUUACUAUUUAUAAAUAUAAAAGAAAAUUCUGGAUAUGGAUUCUUAAUAACAUUUUAAAUAUUGUCUUAAUUAGUCUAUUUUGUUCCAGUCUUCCAAACACCCCACAGUAAUAUUGAACAAAACAAAGAAGUUUUGGCAAGUAGCCUUCCAUGUGUAACCCUAGCAAUUCUUGAAUGUCAGAAGGAGGAAGUAAGCUGUGUUUUAUUUAAAUGUUUACUCUUGUUCAAAAGUCUUUUAAAAGCAUUUAUAGUGAGAAUGUCAAGUGAGUGGAGUCCCUUUUAAUAUAAAAUUAUGAGGGGGUCUAGAUUUUAUAAUUUUUUUCCACAAGCCUUUGCCUUUAUUUUAAAAUGUGAAAGUUGUCUGAUGAUUUACCUUAUGUGAAUCUUAAAUUAUCAUUCCUCCUUCAUUUCUUCAUUCAGAAACUGCAGGUUUCCUUGAACAGAGGUGAUACUCUUUCCAACUUGAAAAAAAAA